AUGUCCGAUAUAGUAGGAAAUACUGGAACACCAGACUACACAGGAGAGAAAGUGACUUUGACUGCAUUUCGCGGGCCAGCGAGCCAAAUCCCCCCGUCAUCCCGACGCCAGAGCUUGGCCCUUCUGCGCAAGGAGCCCUGUGGGAAUUUCUGCCAUCAUAUCGUCAAUCUCAAUCCGCCUGUCUAUCGGUCGCCCGCUGUCGCCGCGUCUUCUGAACGGGUGGUUGUACCGCGCAACCCGGCUAUCGACAACACGUCCCUCGGACCGCCCACACCACCCCCCCGUUUUGCGUCCCGUCGAAAGCUACCCGUCGACUACCUGCGACCGCGCGAUUCCGCAUCACCCCCAAACCAGAUCCAGAAAUCAGAAAACACAACCGGAGGAGUCUGUCAAAAGCCCGAUUGCCAAUCCCAGCUACUUGUCGUUUGUGAAUUGUUCCGGAAGUGGAGGGAUUUGGCGGUGACGGAGAGGUCCUAUCAACAACAGAAAGCGGGAGGAAUUCUUCGCGGCCAGCUUCAGCUUCAAGCUACCAUUCGCGCUUGA